AUGACCCGCUCACAAAAAGCCUGGCUGCGUAAACACCAGCCAAGUUACUGGUCUGUCUGGUUCGGCAAGAACAAAAAGAAAGACAAGGGCAGUGACACUGAUAUCUCGUCGCGCGUAGCACAACAAGGUUCAGUCCAAUUCAACCCGCAGGAACAGUUCGCAGGACAAAAUGCUCCUCCCCCAGCUGUUCCACGCCAUCAAUACCAGCACCAACCUCCCCCUGAUGAUUAUCCACCGCCACAUCAACAGUACGCACCCCAUGACGUCCCCGAAUAUCAAAGAUCUGAGUUUAACAACCCCUUAGGUAGUUUGCUCCCCUCUCCCCAUCAUCAUGAGGCUGGCGCAGCACACUUCCCUGAAUUUAACAGCCCGUUAGGUAGUCCGCAUCGCUCUCCCGCCCAUCACGUUGCUCUAGCUGGAAGUUCGCGCUUCACGAAUUCGCCGCCCCUGGACGCUGAAGAAGGCAAUGAACCUGCGAAUUCGAGUGAGCGUACGGAGACUCAUGGGCAGCCGAGCAUGAGACGGAGACCUGGCAGUGGUCAGGAGAGUUUUAGAACGGGCGAGAGGAUUCCGAGUAUGAGGUGGAGUCCGGAGAGAGGGCUGGAGAGUUUUAGGACGGGGGAGAUUCCGUAUGUGCCAGAGACAGUGAGGGUGAAUGGGGCGAGGACGAAACUGGGGGGGAAGAGGAAUGAUGAGUUAGAUGAGGAAGAUCAGUAG